AUGGAUUCAGAGAGCAAUCGAACAAAUCCAUUAACAGCUCAAUUGAAUGAGGCACACAUACAACAUCUGCCAAAUAUAGUGCUACAGUCUUCUUAUACUCAUUCAAUGGCUUUCACAGUAAAUGGAGCAAAUCUUGAGAAAGAACCUUUAGCCAACCCCGUAGGUACGGAAGACCAAUUAGUACGGAAACAUUUUGAUAACAUAACCACAACUGUACAAACAACAUUAGAAGAAUUGGAUGAAGUAUAUAAUACUAUUGGAUAUUCCGUUGAGGAAAAGUCUGAAAAGAAAUCUGAGAUAUUCAAUGAAAUUCAAUCUACAAUACGUGACUUUGCCGACAAUAUACAUCGAGAAAAGACUCAGAUUGAAGAUGAAUGUGAAUGGCUACGCAAACAAACUAAAGUCAUCCUUUCAAUGAUAAAUGAUUCCAAAGGUGAACGGAAUCUAAGUCUCAUGGACCGUGGCCUCUUAUUCAGCAACCAAAAUUCUUAUGAAGAAGGUUAUAAACAACAAGUAUUGGCAGACUUAUCAGAGAGACAAUCACAACAAAAUUUCCUGGAUUUUGUCGAAACAGACUCCAAUAAUCCUUUCUUAGUUAAACAGAAAUCCAUAGGACAAGAAUUCGAAACAAUGCUUAGAAACAUUCCAAAUUUAUCAUUGAUUCAACUUAAAACGAAAUUGAAUUCCAUAAUAUUCCACGUUUUGCAAAUAUUCGUGAACCAAUUCAGGCAAUUUAACAAUCUAAAUCUAAACUAUGCGGAAUUGAAAGAAGUAAUAGGUGAUUUCAUAUCCAAGGAAGAUAAUCAACUGAUCAUUUCAUCAAUUCCAUCUCGAGCCGAAGCAGAAUUUCAUAAGAAAGUUCUAGAUCAAUUUGAGGAAAUAACCACCAAACUCAAUCUGCUUAGUCUGUCAGCUACUAAACAUUGUGUGGACAACUCGUCGAUUAUAGAUGCAAGUCCGAGAAAAACUUCAGUUCCACGAAAGGCAUCGGGUCAAAUCGACGCCAAUUCUUCUCCCGAACGCGAACUACUCAGUUCUUUGAGAGAUAUAAAUCGACAUCUAGUCAAUAUCAUUCGUGGACUUCGAUUUCCUAAAAUUUCCCAAGACCUACUAAAUGUUUUGCUGGAUGAAAUAAAUGAGAGUAGAACGGAAAUGAAUAUUCGAAAGGACAAAGUCAGUCAAAUUAUCUGCAAUUGUUUUGCCUACAUAGAGUCUUUACAAAUGACUGAUGCUCUGUUAGAGGAGAUCCAAAAGAAAUCUGAAUAUUCUGAAGCUGAGCAAGUAUUUUUAGAUAUAGACACUUUGCAAGCGAUAGGCAGGGAUCCAGUUGAAUUUGGCCUUAACAAUGUCCACGUUGAAUUUUUGAUGAAAUUCGAGAACAUCUUGAGGUCUCUCAAGGAAUCCAGGCAACAGCAAUGGGAUAAAUAUUCAAAGAGCUGUACUGAGCUUUGGGGAAAACUUGGUGAAGGUGAUGCGUAUAUUAAUGAUUUUUUGGCAAGAAAUAGGCCAUUAACGGAAAUUUCACUUCUUAACUUCCAAAUGGAAUUGAACAAAUUGUAUCAAAAGAGAUCACAAUUUAUUGAACAAUUUAUAAGUGACACAAAGAAUGAAAUAGAAAAGAUGUGGUCAAUAAUGUUUUAUUCAACAGAGAACAAGCAGGAGUUUGAAUUUUACGGAUAUGAUCCUAAUAGAGACGAUCAAAAUAAGGAAACGGUAUUAGCCAAGCACGAAGAAGAAUUGAGUCGAUUGAAGGAAGAGUAUCAUUCUAAGAAAACUGUUCUUGACUUGUAUAACGAGCUCAAUGAACUCGUUAAGGAUCAGGAGUUCUUGCAAAAAUCAUCGAUGGAUUCUUCUAGAUUGUUAAGCAAAAAUUCUUGCAAGAUACUAUUGAAUGAAGAAAAGAUACGAAAGAAAAUUAAUAAAAAUUUCCCAAGGGUUAUCGAAGAAUUAAAGAAUGAAGUAAAGCGAUAUAACUCCCAGGCGAUUUUGGAAGAAAAGAAGCCGAUGACCAUUAAUGGCGAAGAUUUAUUACAAAAGGUGCUCAGGAUUGAGAGCUCUCAGCGUCUGUCCGGAGCAAGAAUAGGAAAAGCUCCAAAGACUGCCGGACAUACCAACGUUAGUAAAAGAAGCAUUCAGACCCAUAGAUCACCCCAGAGAGUACUCAAGUCACCAAUCCGUCCACGUCAAAAUUCAAGAUCGAGAGAUGCAUCUCCAAACAAAAAACAUAAUCCACCUUCUGGUAUGAGAGUAGGUCGUGCACCGUUGGGACGUACUUUCAACAACCCUACUACCAUCAGAUUAACAAAUGCAAUAAAUUCAUCGUUGUUGCAUAAUUCGCCAACACUUUCGAUAGAGAGUCCAAUGCAGGCUUCUAAAAACAAUUCAUUAAUGUCACGCAUUCCUCCCUUUGAUUUAAAGCCAUUGAAUAAUCCACUUUCUGCAAUGCUGCCAGGAACUGGAAACUCAACUAUCUUGUCUGCUAUGGAUAAUAAUUCACCCUUGAGAGGUUACAAUUUCUCAACUAGCAGUCCUGUUCCAAAAAGGGCAAUAAAUCAAAACCAAUUGGCUCAUGGUUCGGACGAUAAGGAAAAUUCUUCUCCAUUUGUGCUUUCUCCAAUCAAAAUCAAUUCCAAGUAUUUGGAGCAUAACGUACCCUCGAGGCGGAAAUCAAGUGUCAGUACCUGUGACAGUUCGACAUUAAUCGGAGAAGAUUUCACAGGUUGGAGGCAGGAGAGAAUUAAAGAGGCAAACGAAAGUUAA